ACCGGUAACCGAUAUUAAGCAAGAUGGCGUCCGCCGCGGCUGCACUACUUGAUGAGUUGAUGGGCAAAAAUCGAAAUAAUGCCCCUGAUGAAAAGUCUUCUGGCAUACGAUGGAGUGAUCCGGAGGUUUGUAAACACUAUCUGGUGGAUUUCUGUCCAAAUGAGCUUUUUGUGAACACAAGAUCUGAUUUAGGUCAGUGUGAGAAAAUACAUGAUGAUCAUCUGAAGAAAGAUUACAAGGAGAGUAGUCGUUUCAAGCGGAUGAAUUAUGAGGAGGAUUUCUUACAGUAUCUCCAGCAGAUCAUGAAUGACGUCGAGAAGAGAAUCAAAAGAGGCCAUUCCAGACUGGCACUUAACAGCAACAGAGCAAAUCUGACAGCUCCUAAUAGAGGUCCUGAUGAAGAGCAGAUUAAGAUCUUAUCAGAACGCAUCACCUCACUCCUAGAGCAGGUGGAAUCCUUAGGCUGUGAAGGAAGGGUGGAUGAAGCCCAAAGCAUCAUGAAGCUUUGUGAUAAACUCACCAUGGAGAGGGCAGAGCUGCAAGCUGCAUCAGAGGAAGUAUUGGACACCAUUCUUUCCCAGGAGAAGCAGAUGGAAGUGUGUGAGGUUUGUGGAGCAUUCCUCAUUGUAGGUGACUCACAGACAAGAGUAGAUGAUCAUCUAAUGGGCAAACAACACAUGGGAUUUGCCAAGAUCAAACUCACUAUUGAAGAAAUAAGGGACAAAAGGCAUAAAGAAAUAACAGACAGGGAAGAUAAAAUCAGGAAAGAAAGAGAAGAGCGAGAAAAGGAAAGAGAAAAGGAGAGGGAAGAAAGAAGGAAAAGAGAACGGGAAAGGGAAAAGGAGAGGGAAAGGGAGAGAGAAGAAAGGCGCAAGGAGAGGGAAAAGAGAGAGAGAGAAAGGUCAAGGAGGCGAUCAAGGUCGAGAUCCCGUGAUCGGAGGAGGAGGAGCAGGUCCCGUGAUCGUCGCCGCAGCAGAUCCCGUGAUAGACGUCGCAGCCGCUCUCGAGAUAGAACACGUGAUAGACGAAGGAGCAGGUCAAGCGAGCGUCGCCAUCGAAGCCGAUCAAGAGAUCGUAGGAGGAGUCGUUCCAAAGAGAGGAGAAGGGAUAGGUCUAGGAGUAGAUCCAGGGAUAGAAGGCAUAGCAGAAGGGGUUCUAGAGAGAAGAGCAGUAGAUCAGAAGAGAGAGGUGAUAGUAGGAAAGGAAGUCGUGACCGGUCUAGGUCCAGGUCCAAGUCUCCUGCAAAAGAUACCAAAGAUGAGGAAAAUAUGGAUCAAGCAGAAAAUCAAGAAGACCAGAAGAUUGGAGAAGAUUCCAGCAAGGCAGAGGAGAGUAUGGAUACAGUCAACCGAGACCAAGCUACCACUGAUGACAGUGAGAUGGGUGAGGGAGAGAAGGUCAGCGUGAAUGGAAGCGAUGAACCCCAAGUCCAGAUGCCAGCAUUUUAACCAUCCAAUACUCAAGGUGACACUCAACUCUCAACAGAAAUCUUUUCAAAAUGUACACUGGAGGAUCUCACUACCUGCAAGGGCACUCCAGAGGGCAACAUUUGGCAGUGGCAUCAAUCCACAACACUCUGAGUUGCUUCAGUAUAGGUUAGAGCUUUAAUUAGGCAACACUGUACUUCAGUAUGUUAUGAAAGUUAUUUUUGUAGUUGUUUGUUUUUGACAUAACAUGGAAUUGAAAUAUUUUUUUCCCUGUUUGCACUUGUUCUAUACACGGUUCAGCGGUGUAAAGAUUGUACUACGGUUUCGAUGCUUUUUGUGUGUGUAUGUAACCUUUUUUGUCAGUCUCAACUGAGUAUGAUUAUGUCCCUGUCAAGCAAGGAAGGUCCUUAUGUCCAUCAAACCUGGAUGUGGUACUAUCCGAUUUCCUUGAACAGAUAUUAUGUGGCCAAGCAUUAGUCUUCACCUAUCAGGUAUGUGUAGUUUUAAGAUAUUAGAAAGGACUUUCACAUCUCAUUUGUUAGCCUACUUAUCGUACCAAACAAUAGCCUACUUAUCGUACCAAACAAAGUGAACAUACUAAUAAAUCCAGACAAUUGUGUAUUGUAAGUCAAUUUUGGGAUAAAAACAAGCACAUUCAAUCUUUCUUUCCCCAACAGAAAAGUUUAUAUGAAAACUGCAAAAUUUGUUUUGUAAUAUAUUGAUAUUUAGAAAAAAUAAUAAUGAUUUUUUUUUACCCAGACUUGACUUGAAAAACAAAAAGGUUUUGUGUCAGCACUUUGACCAUGGAAACCUUGGUCCAGUCCCAUAAAGCUUGUAUGAAGAUGUAAACUUUGAAGCUUCUGAAAUUGCUGCAUUUGAUUGGCUUAGAGUAAUUUUCAUAGUGCAUUU